UGCUGUCUCAUCAGAAAAUACGUGGGCCGCGCUACCCUUUGCAACAAACGAAAGGCAUAAUAAAUAGGGAAAAGGAAAGGAAAAGCACGAUGGUCAACAUCACGGGCAUCUGGAACCUCGUCUCGUUCAACAUUUACGUCAACGGCACCUCGGUCCGGCAGCCCAACGGACCGAACCCGCUAGGCAAGGCGGUCAUCAUGCCCCAGUACAUCAGCUUCCACAUCACGACGCCCGAGUCCGCAGUGCCGCUGCCCAACGAGACGCGGUGGCGCAACGGGGCGGACCACGACAUUGCCGAGAUCGCGCGGCCCUUUGUCUCGUACUGCGGUCGCUGGACCGCCGCGUACCUGGGCGAGCAGCUGCAGCUGACCACGGCCAUCGACGUGUCGCUGGACCCGUCGUGGAAACAGCGCCCGCAGCGGAGGAACGUCAGCUUCGUGGAAGAGAACGGCAGGACGUACAUGCUGCUGAUGCCUGUGAGCAGCUUGGCGCCAACUAAUCCCGGAGAAGUAUCCGUGCUGAAAUGGGAAAAGGAGAUCAGCUAGCCAUGCGCCUAGAAGCAUGAGGAUGGCUAGGACUUUGCACAUCUGCAUUCAUGGCCGAGGGAAAAGGUCAGACCAAGAUCAGAAUGCGAUCAUCAAGCAAUGGCUAGUUUGCUGUUUUGUGGUGGGGUAGAUAGAGAGAGACAGGGCAAGCAGCCAAGCCUGGGUACACCAAGGCAUCAAUUCCAACAGAAUACCUCCUGUG